AAAAAAAUCCUCCCCACCAGUGUGAGAGACGGAGACAGAGACAGACCUCAGCUCGGUCCUGCGGCUCCUAUUGGCUGGCAGUUUGUACAAAAUCCAACUCAAACCACUUCACUCACAACACACCAACAAAUCCUAAAGGCGUACAUGCAGCCUCCUCCAUCACUCCGCCGCUGCCGCACCGCUUCAAAACCUGAUGCAGGCGCUCAACGUUUAACUUUUAUCCGCGCUGUUGUUCUGCCUCUGAAAACGGCGGCUCGUGCUCCUGCUCCUGCUUUUGGUUGGUUUUGUGUGUUUUUAUCCGCCAGGACGUUGUUGAUCUGUUCUGACUUUUAUUAUUUCUCCUGGAGGAAACCAAGUAGACAAAGAACUUUACACUCGUCGAUACCGGGGUGUCCGCUAUAACACGGACCACACGGCGAACAGAGGACACCAAGUGCACCUCGGGAGCUCCACCAAUUUUCAAAAUUUUCUCCAACUUCAGCCCUCAAACGAACAUUAGCAUGAUGUCGUAUCUAAAGCAACCACCUUACACAGUGAAUGGCCUCAGCUUAACUACUUCCGGAAUGGACCUUUUGCAUCCAUCAGUGGGCUAUCCAGCAACGCCACGGAAGCAGAGGCGAGAAAGGACUACUUUUACGCGCGCACAGCUCGACGUUUUGGAGGCGUUGUUCGCCAAAACUCGGUAUCCGGACAUAUUCAUGCGCGAGGAGGUGGCGCUGAAAAUCAAUCUACCUGAGUCCCGCGUACAGGUCUGGUUUAAGAACCGGCGGGCAAAGUGUCGCCAGCAGCAGCAGCAGCAGCAGAACGGAGGCCAGAAUAAGGUGCGACCUGCCAAAAAGAAAAGUUCCCCAACCCGAGAAGUGAGCUCAGAGAGCGGGACCAGCGGCCAGUUCACGCCCCCCACCAGCACCACCACGGUCCCCGCCAUCUCCACCAGCACCGCCCCGGUGUCCAUAUGGAGCCCGGCGUCCAUCUCUCCGCUCUCAGACCCCCUGUCUACCUCCUCCUCCUGCAUGCAGAGGUCUUACCCCAUGACCUACACCCAGGCCUCAGGCUACAGCCAGGGCUACGCCGGCUCGACGUCCUAUUUCGGCGGCAUGGACUGCGGCUCUUACCUCACUCCCAUGCACCACCAGUUGUCAGGCCCGGGCUCGACGCUCAGUCCAAUGAGCACGAACGCGGUCACAAGCCAUCUGAACCAGUCCCCGGCGUCCCUCUCCACCCAGGGCUACGGGACGUCCAGCCUGGGCUUCAACUCCACAGCAGACUGCUUGGAUUAUAAGGACCAAGCGGCGUCGUGGAAGCUGAACUUCAAUGCCGAUUGCUUGGAUUAUAAGGAUCAAACUUCCUCGUGGAAAUUCCAGGUCCUGUGAACAGAGCAAAUCAGCUGUCAAAAAUAAAAGUGCACACAAACAGUGACGAUCACAUCAGACACGGCUCUGCCAUCCCUCAAUAAAACACAUCAGACUGGUUAAAAUGUGAGCCGGGCUCGGCGAGGCAGGGGCUCUCAGGGGGCCUCGAGAUUUUGGCAUGAUGGUCCUUUGGUCCUCCUAGAGUUAGAGGAGAGGUUUAAUUUAUUUUAGCACUGGCAAAGAGAUUUUUCUGUUCCGUUCAUUCACAGGUUGUAGCCCCUCAUCCAUGUCUGUCAGUGUGUGCCUCUAUGCGUAAAAAACACCUGUUGAGGACAACGCAGAGCGAACUCUGAAAGAAAAGAACACCACAGCCACGGAACUAAUGUUUAUCCAAGAACAAAACUCAAGUUCACUCUUCUGGUGAAGUGCUCGGGAUGGACAGACCCUCCUUUAAGCUUCUUACACAACUUUGCCGACGUGCUGGCAGAGACAUGAGGAUGGUGUGUGGACAUGGAUGCACUACUUUAUUUAAGAAAAAAAGUGUUUAUAAGGAAUCAAUAUGUAGUUUCUAAGAGACAAUCAGUGUGUGUCUUAUAUAAAUGGUACAUAUGUGUUUUUUUUUUUUUUUAUCUGUGCUAGCCUUCGAAACUGUGAUCUGUUGUAUUGUAUGCAAUUUGUGAGCCCCCCUCGCAUCAGACUCUCUGCUGUGAUUUUAAUAGAUUUCUAACUUUUUUUUUCUUUUUUUUUUUUUUUUGGAACAACGAAAAGAUGCUAAUGGUUAAAUCACUGGCAUCACAAACAAAGAGAGACGAGACUUUCCAAGCACGUGGUUGGUAGUAUAAUAAAUCAAGGGUUAGCCAUACUGGAAAAGACUCUCGGCUGCUGAGAGCUCCAUACCCCCCCACCCCCAGACCUCCCCUCCUCCCUCCCCCCUUCCAUUGAUCUCAACACACGGUGAUUGUGGAUCCUUUAUUGGCUCCAAAGAUGGUGUGACCUCACCGCUGAAAAGACAUGAAUAAAGGUCCUGUGAGCUUACUCUUUUCAUCAAGAAGCGAUCUCUGUGUGUGUGUGUGUGUGUCUGUGUGUGUUGGAGAGAGAAAAAUGGGGAAUGAACAAAGUGACAGUCAGGCAACGUGUGCAAAACUAACUGUGGGUUUUUUUUUUUUCGCUUAAAAAAAACUUGAUUUGUUUGGGUUACAGGUAAAUUUCCAGACGAACCAUUUAAUUGCAUUAUAGAAUUUUGUUUUGAAAUAAUUAGGUGUCAUUUUCGAAACAAACAGGCGAUAACACAAUGAUGUGCCUCAGUAUUUUUUUUAGGAUAUUAUACAUUUUUAAAUAUUUGACUCAUGUUGACAUUUAGCAAGAUUAUUAAGAAAUACAUUCACAGAUUUAAUGCGAACAUAUUUCCAGUGGAGUGCAGUUGUUUAACAUGUGUGUUACUGUAGGUCAAUACCGUCUUAGUGAGUAGUAAUCAUGUAUACAUAUAGUCUAUAUGUUUCCUCAUGCAUCAGCAGUUAUUCCAACUCAUAUCUAAGAUUAUUAACUGUUCUAACAUGGAUUCCAACCACAUCUUCUUCUAUCUGUUGUCUUGUAAUUGUAGUAUUAGAUCCAUCCAAUAUUCAUGCUCGUAAUUCGUGGAUACAUGAACUCAAACGACUUCAAAAUAUGAGGCUGAUGUCUUUUAAAUACAAAAAAGACGAAUUCAUA